AUGGACUGGAUGAAAUUGCGCAGCUAUUCUGGGAAAAGGAAGGCCCCCCAAAAUGUACACUGUGCUUCUCCUGUGCCAGGCAUGGUAGUUCCUGGUAUUGUGGGCAAGAAGAAUGCUCCCCAGCAGUGCUUAGACUUGCUUUCCAAGCGUAGAAACAAAACUUGUGCCAAAAAGCAGGCUGGAAGUGUGAGGGUGAAAACCUUACCAGCAAUUCAAGAAACCUCCAUGGUGGAUUGCUUUUCAGCUGAACAAAGUGUUGAACUAAAUCAUAAUGAGAACACAAGCAUGAAUAUGAAUGAAAAUAUCAAUGAAAUGGACAGUAAUACAUUGCAGGAUCCUCUGCAUUUAAACUCGGGAAGCAGAGAGAGCCUGGGAAAUAGUGAAACCAGUUCAGGGCUGACCCUACCAACAGGUGUUUCAGACUUUCUGCUUGAGUGCUUGGACUCUAGUAUAGAUGCUAGUACAGAAUCUAGUGAUGGAACAAAUAGUUACUCAUCGCCUGAAACAUUCAGGGAUGGCAGUGAUUUAGAGGAAACCUGUGCUACUCCUAAAGAAUAUCUUGGAUGCAAGAACUCUACGCUCCUGGACACCAGCAAAGCCACCAACAUAGACAAGAUACCACCUCUGCCAGAUUUUUCAAAAAUAUUUGAAAAUACUUUGGAGGGUCGAGAUAAGUACCUUACAAGUGACACACUGUCCAAGAGCAAACAGUGUUGUAAAUCAACAGAUGCGUCAGCUACAGUAGCAGGGAAACAAGUGUACAAAAUCCUGUUGUCAAAGGAAAAAACACCCAAAUCACAACCUUCUGAAGUCUUGGCACUGCCUCCAAAACAAAACAAACAGCUCGAUGGUCAACAAUCCAGAAAAACAAAGUUAAGAAAGAAAGUACAUUUCAAAAGUUUUAUAGAAAGAACGGCCUCCUCCUCUUCUGUUGUGCUUUCUUCAGCUGUAUCGGAAACAUCAUUCCCAUCUCAUGGAAUUAUAGCUGGAGAGUUAGCCUCUAAAGAAACAGGUGCUGAUGUGCAUCUGCAUCAUCCACCAGAAAUCUGCUCUAUCAUUAAAGCUUCACCAGAAUCUAGACCACUGAAAGUUGUUCAGCAGCCACUGAGACAAAUAUCAUUCCCCCCACAAGGAGUACCAACAGAUAUCAUUACUAGUAACAGAAACUGGAUCUACAGUAAUGACAGAUGAACACUUCCCCUGUUUCUC